GUGGACAACAGCUCCUUCAAAAUUGAUCAGUAAAAACAUUCCGGCAGCAAGCGACACGUUGUGUUUCUCACAUUAACAAUUAACAACAAUCAGUGCGUGCGCGAAGAUUGUGAAGUGGACUUUGAAGAAAACGCGUGAAAAGACAAAGUGCGUCGUCGCCGCCGGUUUAUAUAGUUUUUUGUUGGUCGCUUAUUUCGAUUGUGCAUUAGCCUUCAGCUUUUGGUUGCAAAAUUUCCAUUUUUAAACAUCCACACAGACUCUAAGACCACCGCUAAAGGAUUCUAGCUGUACUUCGUUUGCAAGAAAAAAAAAAAACAUUUAAUCGAUCUGGCCAGUCAGCAACAUAGUGGACUGAGUAACUGGAAACAAUUAGACAUUUUACAACACCGAAACACUUGAGCUCUAUACUUCUCUCUGUUGCUCUCGCGCACUCCAAAUUGUCAGUCAACUUGUCGUUCCAUCUCACUUCCGCUUGUCGCUGGGUAGCAAAAAGUAGCGUUGCCGUAGUUGUCGUCGGGGCGCCGUUCUACUCGCAGUGCUGCUAAUAUUUCUAGACAAGGGACUGAAAUUUCGGAGCAAAGCGGAUAGCAGAAAAUAGCCAGAGCACAGUAAAAAUAAUAUAAGCACACUGCUGCUUUUGUGUUUCGUUUGGUUUUUCUCCAACAUUAUUUUACAAUAAUUUACAAACCAAUUUCUCGUACCGUGCAAAUCGACAAAGAACAAAAAGCAAUCGACCAGCAGAGAAACGUACAACUAAUACACACUCACUCACUCUAACACACACACACAAACACAAGAAAAUCAAAUUUCAAUCAGAAAAUGGCGUUAAAAAGAAUCAAUAAGGAACUGCAAGAUCUGGGCAGAGAUCCACCUGCACAAUGUUCAGCUGGACCAGUUGGAGAUGAUUUAUUUCACUGGCAGGCUACAAUAAUGGGCCCGCCGGACAGCCCUUAUCAAGGAGGUGUAUUCUUCUUAACUAUACAUUUUCCAACAGACUAUCCUUUCAAGCCGCCAAAGGUGGCAUUUACAACACGCAUAUACCAUCCAAACAUUAACAGCAAUGGAUCGAUUUGCCUCGAUAUAUUAAGAUCUCAGUGGUCGCCAGCAUUAACUAUUUCAAAAGUCUUAUUAUCAAUUUGCUCUCUACUCUGUGAUCCCAAUCCAGACGAUCCGCUUGUUCCAGAGAUUGCCAGAAUAUAUAAAACUGAUCGGGAAAAAUACAAUGAGCUGGCAAGAGAGUGGACUAGGAAGUAUGCUAUGUGAUGCGUUCCAGAUUGCAGCAACAACAACAGUCCAA